UGAGCGGUGUCAAAGGCGGAGGACUAAUCUAUCUGCCUUUGCAAUUUCAUCCUUGCACGGCAUUCUAAAACGGACUUUGAUCAGGUGACUUCGACGCUCUGCAAGGGGGAGAACAGAGGCCGACUUCCUGUUGAGACGAAACGAAACUGAAACGAAACUGAGACGAGACGAGACGAGCGAAGCCGAAGUUCGGUGCUUCAGGGUUUUGGGGAAGAUCAGCUGGUUUUCAGAAGCGAAGACGAGAAUCUGGUUUAAAAAUCAGCCAGCAUGUUCAAAGCUCUUUCAGAUGUGAAGCUGAAGGCGGAGGUGAAGCCUACUGUGGAUAAUAUCAUGUGUCGCCUCCAUUAUCGAUACACGUAUUUACAGUACAUGGUUUUUGUGCUGCUGUGUACGUUAUACGAUGCUAUUGGAGAGAAGAUCCAGUGCUUGGUUGACAUCGAUUCCGACUCAUACGCAGACGUCGUGAACAACUACUGCUUCAUCAUGGGCACGUUCACGGUGGACAGGCUGCACGAGAAGCAAGUGGGUGUCCAGGUGCCCCAUCCGGGUGUAGGGCCGCCCGAACCCGACGACGAACUCACCUUCCACUCGUACUACCAGUGGGUGCCGUUCGUGCUCUUCAUGCAGGGCAUCCUCUUCUACGUCCCUCACUGGAUCUGGAAGACAUGGGAAAAGGGACUCUUCAGGGCCGUCAUCCAGAACCUCAGCAUCAGGGACUACCUCGGAGAUAACCUGGGCCGCUACUUCAAGAGGGAUAAAGAGAUCAAAAACCUUUGUCUAUAUGUAAGGUACCAUCGCCGGAACGAUAAAAGUUGGGCAUACAAGUUCUUUUUCUGCGAAGCUCUUUACGUCGUGAACGUGUUCUGCAUCUUCUUCUUCACUGACUGGUUCCUUGGCGGGCAGUUCCUCACCUACGGCAGCGAUGUGAUCCAGGUGGCCGGCAUGGACCCCGAGAACAGGACAGACCCGAUGGCCUUCGUGUUCCCGCGGAUGGCCAAGUGCACCUUCAAGAGCUUCGGUAGCUCGGGCACCAUCCAAAUCCGUGACGUCAUGUGCCUCAUCGCCACCAACAUCAUCAACGAGAAGAUCUUCGUAUAUAUUUGGGUGUGGCUUGUGUUGCUCAUGACCGUUUCUUCAUUAUGGAUGCUCUACCGCCUCCUCACCAUCCUCCUGCCCUUCUUCAGGAAGUUCGUCCUUCAGACCCAGGUGAGGGAACCAGUCAGGACCGACAUCGCCAGGAUCAUGAGGGGAGCCUCCGUCAGCGAGUGGUACCUCCUAAUGACCCUGUGUUCUAACAUGGAGAACGUGGUCUUCAGCGAGUUCCUCAGGGAGUACGCCAAUUUAGUGGAUAGAGUGGCUUAUCUCGGAGACGACGACGACGUGAUCAACGGAAAUCUGCCAAAGGGGGAAAAGGGGGAAGAUAAUGGUAUAUGGGGGGUGAGGGAAGAUUUGAGUGUGGAGUGA